CUUGCUGUUUCACCUCGCAGUCUGUUUGUGGUAGGAUGCGAAGUGGGACUUGUGCCACUCGCCGGCUUAAAUCGUAUGCAGAUGGUGGGAAUCCUGACUCAGAUUAAGUUUUUAUUCGGUUGAUGACUAUUCUAGUUUAUAUUGUUUUUUUCUCUCUUUUUGAAACUAACAGCAUUAUGCGAUUUUUUUUUCUGUAUGUGGAAUUAUAUACAGUACUGUAACUGUACUGGAAGGCAUCGCGGAGCAUACAGUAUUUGAACUUUUGACUUGCAUCCUUUUCCUGAAGUUUUCACUGUCUAAAAUAUUUAGAAUUUUAAAUGUAUACAUAUGAUUUAAACAUCAAAUAGCCCAGGCGACUGAAUAGUACGUUUGAUGUCUAUAUAUUUUUAAAUGUUUAGUUCUUUAAAGUCCUUUUGAGUAUGUGUCGACUAUAGUUUAUUUUGAGGAUGAAAUAUACAAAUACGUUAUUACAAAAUCGUCGUUUCAUUAAGAACUAAGCAAGGCAUCAUCAAAGCAUGUUUAGUAAUUCUGUCCUGAAUAAUCUAGAAUUAAGCGUUUCUGAAAACAAGCAUUGACGAAAUCUGGUUGAUGGACAAGCAGAGUUAUCUUAAUCCUGUCAGUUGAAGAAAACAAGAGAACAUUUUGGAAGCUUUUUCACAUGGAAAGAUGUUCCGCGUAUUUUGUCAGCGCAUUCUGGUAGUGCAGCACAAUAAACGAACAUGAAUUGCUGUGUAUGUGGAAGUGGAACCAAUGGAUUCUGAAAAUCAAAUGAACGUGACACAGGAGAAGCUGUAUGAGUCAGGAGUAGACUCUACAAAAUGUUGCACAACUUCCACAACUUCAUUUAAUGAACAGGUUCCCUUGGACCUGGAAGACAGUACAAAACUCAUUGGAGUGCAAGUAAUACUUAUUUUGGCCUACAGUACCAUCAUACUGCUUGGGGUUAUUGGAAACUCCCUUGUAAUUUAUGUUGUAUAUAAAUUCAAAACAAUGCGAACUGUGACUAAUUUUUUUAUUUCCAAUCUUGCUGUGGCAGAUUUAUUGGUGAAUACUCUGUGUCUGCCUUUUACAUUGAUCUACACCCUCCUGGGAGAGUGGAAAUUUGGACAGAUUUUGUGUUUCCUUCUUCCAUAUGCCCAAGGUUUAGCAGUGCAUGUCUCCACAGUAACCCUGAACGUUAUUGCCCUAGACAGACACAGAUGCAUAGUCUAUCACCUGGAGACCAGAAUGUCCAAAGAAAUGGCCUUUGUGGUCAUCGGUGUUACCUGGAUCAUCAGUGCUAUUUUAGCAAGCCCACUGGCUAUUUUCAGAGAAUACGGAACUUUCCAUUUUUCUCCUGAUGAAUCUAUUCAGGUAUGUACAGAAAAAUGGCCGGGAAGUCACAGGGACGGCACUGUCUACAGUAUCUCAAUGCUGUUGCUCCAGUAUGUUUUGCCACUUUCCAUCAUUUUAUUUGCAUACAUAAGGAUCUGGAGUAAACUGAAAAAUCACGUGAGUCCAGGAGGGGGGAAUGAUCGUCACCACAGAAGAAGGAAAACAACGAAAAUGUUGGUUGCGGUGGUGGUUGUGUUUGCAGUGAGCUGGCUACCAUUUCAUGCAUUUCAGCUUGCUAUUGACAUUGAUAACAGUGUCUUAGACAUGAAGGAUUUCAAGUUAUUGUACACUUUGUUUCAUAUCAUUGCUAUGUGUUCUACUUUUGCCAACCCAAUCCUUUACGGCUGGAUGAAUAUGAACUAUAGAAAUGCCUUCAUCACUACAUUCACAUGUGAGCAAAGACUUGAUUCUGUCCAUCCUGAAGCUCAUGUGAGGUUCCGAACAAAAAAGGCUUUAGAUGCAGAAGAUACUGCCGACAACCUGAAUUCAACUACUCUACAUCCAACUAAUGUCUGAAAUUUGUUUAUUGUUUGUGUCUUUGCUUGGGAAUGUACUGUUUAAAGUAUUAUUGUCUGCCAAAAGCCUGCAUAUCCCCAUGGAUAAUAUGUUGUUUGAUCAUCUCAAAAGAAAUCAUUGGCUUGUUUAAAUAUGCUUACUGAAAUCUUAAAUAAUGUUUAGCGCUCAUUUAUGACAUUAAAAAGCAGAAUUGAAAUAAUAAAAAUGUUUAUUAAAUUAAAAUUGUUUUAAGAUUGUGUGGUUUUGUUUAGAUGUAAAAUGUAACAGAAUGAUUCGUGCCAUAUCUUAAUGUUAGAAAAAUAGAGAACUGUAUUUUUAUAGAACAGUAAUGGUAUGUCUCUCUGAGUCUUGGGAAGUGAAUAUAUUGUGCAGAAAAUAUUACAACAAGGACUACCUUCUUUUGUGUGCCUAGGACAUGAAUGAUUGUUGAUCUUCAUCAAAUUUCAGUCUUCUAUACUUCACCAACUAUUUGGAGCUGAAGGAUUGUAUUCCAUUCUAUAAAGGCUUACUGAUUGAUUUAUUUAGAAACCUGAUAGCCAGAAUAGGAAAGACAGUUCUCUUUCAGGGCAUAGAUACAUUAUGUAGCAAUGACACAUUCCCUGCAAAUUAGUAGUCAUGACAGGAAAACUGGAGAAUAUUCCAUGUCAUGUACUAUAUAAAUCCCAAGGGCUCAAUUUAAUAAAUACCUUGUGCGUUUGCAUGUUUUUAUUGCUCUCUUUAGAAACUGUGGGAUACAUUUUUCUUUCAAGACUGUGAUAAAGGUUCUCUCUGUCAAAUGUUUGUCAAAGCAAAUGGAUAAACAAGUGAAGCUUGGCAAAAUGCAAAAUGUUAUCCUGCAGUAUUUCCCUCCCAAAAUUCUAGGGUUGUGAGAUUGUUUUUCAGUUUGUAGCUUGAGAAAAGUAAUUUGUAGAAUUUAAAAUAAAUGGGGAAUUUACUGUUAGCCUUUAAGUGCUCUAAAGCUCUACGCUUGUGAAAUUUCCAGUACAUCAAUUUCUUUAAAACCAUGUUAUAAAAUAUAUUUUCUCUUUAAAGAGUUGAUCAGUUUCUCUCUGUAUGCAAGUAUAUACAGUAGCCGUAGAGACUGGACAGUAAGUAUGUAGAUGUCUGUAUACCUUCAUACCUUUUGUAAACUAAUCUAAUGUUGGAUGCAGUACUUCUUAAGCUAUUGAACACAAUAGGUAUUGUGGAGGAUUUGCAUUUAUAGUGCAAACAUUUCCUAAAUGGUAAUAAUCACAGCAUGUAAUAAAGCAUUGUGUACUGAAAUCGUACUAUCAUGAUUAUUCAGAAUGUGUUUUCUAAAAAGGGAUACAUAAUAGUAUACUGAUAUUUGUAUUUUUCUACAUAAUACUCAUUAUAAAUAGUUUUCUAUUAUUCAUAAUGUGCUAUCUUUUACUGGAAUUGAAAUCUCUGGAUACACUAAAACAUAAUUGAAUGACUUUGAAAAGUAAAAAAUCCAUUAAACUAGAGAAGUUGUCACUUAUUGUGUAGCUCUGCAAGCUUUAGAAUAACAAUUAUCAUUUACUGUCUUUGUCUUUCUUGAAUUUGUGAA